AUGCCCAUGGUCUCCACUCCUGCCACCCUGGCUUCUCUCCCACAGCCUACACCGAUGGCCUCAGGGGUUGUUCCCUAUGAUCAGGUGACAGAGGAAGAGAAGACUGGGACAUGGUUCACAGAUUGUUCUGCAUGAUAUGGAGGCACCACCCAUAAGUGCAGCACUAUAGCCCCUUUCUAGGACAUCCCUGAAGGACAGUUGUGAAGGGAAAUCUUCCCAGGGGGCAAAACUUCAAGCACUGUACCUGGCUGUGCACUUUGCGUGGAAGGAGAAAUGGCCAGAUAUGCAGUUAUAUACUGAUUCAUGGGAGGUAGCCAAUGGUUUGGUUUGGGUGGUCAGGGACUUGGAAGAGGCAUGGUUAGAAAAUUGGUGACAAAGAAAUUUGGGGAAGAGGCAUAUGUGGAUGGACCUCUCUGAGUGGUCAAAAACUGAAAAUAGUUAUAUCCUAUGUGAGUGCUCACCAAUGGGUGAUUUCAGUAGAGGAGGAGUUUAAUAAUCAAGUGAAUAGGAUGACCUGUUCUAUGGACACCACUCAGCCUCUUUUCCCAGCCACCCCUGUGAUUGCCCAAUGGUCCCAUGAACAAAGUGGGCACUGUGGCAGGGAUGGAGGUUAUGAACAGGCUCAGCACCACGGACUUCCGCUCACCAAGGCUGACCUGGCUAUGGCUACUGCUGAGUGCCCAAUUUGCCAGCAGCAGAGACCAAAACUUAGUCCUCAAUUUGGCACCAUUCCUCAAGGUGAUCAGCCAGCUACCUGGCGGCAGGUUGAUUACAUUAGACCUCUUCCAUCAUGGCAAGAGCAGAGCUUUGUCCUCACUGGAAUAGACACUUAUUCUGCAUGUGGAUUUGUCUAUCCUGCACGCAAUGCUUCUGCCAAGACUUUACCAUCUGUGGACUCACGGAAUGCCUUAUCCACCAUCAUAGUAUUCCACACAGCAUUGCUUCUGACCAAGGCACUCACUUUACCACUAAAGAAGUGCAGCAUGGGCUUCUGCCCGCUAAAGAAGUGCAGCAGUGGGAGUUCACUGGUCUUACUAUGUUUCCCAUUGUCCUCAAGCAGCUGGAUUGAAAGAAUGGUGGAAUGGCCUUUUGAAGUCACGAUUACAAUGCCAAGUAGGUGACAAUACUUUACAGGACUGGGGCAGAAUUGUCCAGAAGGCUGUGUCUGCUCUGAAUUGGCAUCUAAUAAAUGGUACCGUUUCUCCUAUAGCCAAUGUUCAAGUGUUCAGGAAUUGUGGAGUGGAAGUGGCACCACUCACCAUCAACCCUAGUGAUCCACUAGCAAAAAUUUUUGCUUCCUGUUUCCACAACAUUAUAUUCUGCUGGCCUAGAGUUCUUAGUUCCAGAGGGAAGAAUGCUGCCACCAGGAGACACAACAAUGAUUCUAUCAAACUGGAAGUUAAGAUCGCCACCUGGACAGUUUGGCUCCUCCUACAUUUAAGUCAACAGCUCAGAAGUGGGUUAGUGUUGGCUGGGAUAAUUGACCCAGACUAUCAAGAUGAUAUCAGUCUACUACUCUAAAAUGGAGGUAAGGAAGGGUUUGCAUGGGAUACAGAAGAUCUAUUAGGGUGCCUCUUAGUAUUACCAUGCCCUAUAAUUAAGGUCAGUGGGAAACUACAACAGCCCAAUCCAGGCAGGACUAUAAAUGACCCAGACCCUUCAGAAACAAAGGUUUGGGUCACUCCACUGGAAAUAAAACCACAACCAGCUGAGGUGCUUGGUAAAGGCAAAGGGAAUACAGAAUGGGUAGUAGAGGAAGAUAGUCAUCAAUAUCAGCCACGACUGCGCCAG